AAGAAGUCAGAGGUCAGUGAUGAAAAAUUAUACAGUGUUAACCACAUACAUCCUUGUGGGACUAACAGAUGACCCAAAUCUACAGAUUCUGCUUUUUGUCUUUUUGUUCAUCACCUACCUGCUGAGUGUCGUUGGGAACCUGACCAUCAUCACACUCACAUUUGUAGAUCCUCGCCUUAAAACUCCUAUGUACUUCUUUCUCCGGAAUUUUUCUUUUUUAGAAGUCUCUUUUACCACUGUCUGUAUUCCCAGAUACCUGUAUACCCUUGCCACUGGGGACAACACAGUGACCUAUAACCCUUGUGCUGCUCAAUUAUUUUUUGUUGUUGUCCUGGGUGUGACUGAGUUUUUUCUCCUGACGGCCAUGUCCUAUGACCGUUAUGUGGCCAUCUGCAAGCCCCUGCAUUACACGACCAUCAUGAACAACAGAGUUUGCAUCAAGUUCCUUAUUGGCUGCUACAUGUUAGCACUGAUCAUUGUCCUCCCACCCUAUAUUAUGGGCUUUGAUCUUGAGUUUUGUGAUUCCAAUGUCAUAGAUCACUUUGGCUGUGAUGCUGCCCCCAUCCUGAAGAUUACCUGCUCUGACACAGAGUUUAUAGAGCGAUUUGUCUUGGUCCUGGCAGUACUGACGCUCAUUUUCACCUUGGUAUGUGUGAUUUUGUCCUACACAUACAUCAUCAGGACCAUUCUCAGAUUCCCUUCUGCCCAGCAAAGGAAAAAGGCUUUUUCCACCUGUUCUUCUCAUAUAAUUGUGGUUUCUAUCACAUAUGGAAGCUGCAUCUUCAUCUAUAUUAAACCAUCUGCAAAAGAAGGGGUCGCUAUGAAUAAGAUGGUGUCACUGCUCACGACUUCAGUUGCCCCAGUCAUGAAUCCCUUCAUUUACACUCUGAGGAACAAGCAAGUGAUACAAGCUUUCAAAGACAUGAUCAAAAGGGUUGCAGCUAUCUCAAAGAACUAA